AUGAAGGUUUUGGUUCAUCUUCUCUUGAUUUCUGUAGCGUUAUGUGAUAUUCCUAUUGAUCCACCAUGCACAAAUGGAAACCUGGAAUUCAAUCCACCGCCUUUCCAAGACGAUUUACACAUAAUCUAUCCGGAUAACUCGAAUAAAGGUGCUCCAACAUUGUUCCCGAAUAACUAUCAGUGCAAUAUUAAGGUAAAUGUACCCCCGGGGAUGUGGGCAACACUCAAUAUCAUUCUGAACACUUCUAACUCAACUGGAUCUGCAACUGCUCCGGUGAUCGUUACCGAUUCCUUGGGCAGAUCUGAGAAUGUAUUUUCUGCUUCCAACGAGCCCUUCUACUUUUUGGGAACUGGUGGCAGUGUCAAACUGAACACUGGGAUGAGCAAUGUCAGUUUUGUACUGGACAUGAGUUGGAGUGCCUUCCCUUACGUAUUUUCCCCAACCAAUUUGACACUUCAAGUCUCGGACACCACUCCUCCAGCCAUUGCUCUUUGCAAUAACUCUUUUCCAUAUCUGGUUCAGGCUCAAUCUAGAGUCUCAGCUCUUAUAAUCCCACCAUUUUCCGUCUCCAAUGUCUAUCAACUGCGUGGAGUCGUCUUCUUCGAUGGUCUCAACUGGAAUCGCACCUAUAUUGGAAACGCGAAGCAAGCGUUUGAAAAAGGACGUCUUCUGAAUUCAGAAGGAAACUUUUUGACUGUCAUGUUCCUGUCACCACUAGACUGCAGUGAUGCGAACAUUUUGCUCCAAGAAGUCGAGAACACUGAUCCAGUUUUAGGGUUUCAAGGAGUCACAUGUAGUUAUGAAAAAAAUACAGAAUGUCAAGGGGUUUUGGAGACGACGAGUUAUCCAUCAGCAAUGAUGACCUAUUUCCUAGAAGAUCAUUAUUCUGAGACAGUAAAGAGUAUUACGGGUAAUGGGACAUUGGAUGUGUACAUUGGAGGAAUCAGAGCAGAUAAAAAGAAUUUGAUUGCUUCGUACAAAGCCGGCCAAACCGAUCUUCUCCUCCCUCAAGCUUUCAAAGGAUACAGCAGAACUUAUGUGCUCAAUGGGAACAAUACAAAAGCCUCUAUAGUUUUUUCCUGGACAGCCAGUGAUUUGAUCCAACACCCCAUCGGAAGCAAAGGAUUCAUCACUUCAAAUCAUUACACUGAAAAACCAAGAACCCAAUGGGCUGACAGUCGUAUAGAAGCUCCGAAAUAUUCCGCAUUUUCGUUUACCAUUCGAUCAGCGGACAUCACCAACUCGACAACUAUGGAAAUUAUGAUUUUUGGAAAUCCAUAUGGUAUCACUUUCAAUCAGACGUAA